UGUACUAUUAAACGUGAUAUUCUACGGUAUUUCCUGUUAUGUCUUUAAUCUGUCACAAUGAAAAGUGAUGUCUUUUUAGUGUUCAUAUAUUACGGACUUGUGCUAGUGAACUGUCAAACGAGUAUUCCAGAAAGAUUGGAGGAAUGUUAUCGAAAUGGCAGUGUCGCAGGUACUGAGAUACCGACAAAUCUUCGCGUUCUUAUAGAUCUCAUACAAAAGGCAGAGCAUUUUGCGUACACGAGAUUGGACAUGAGAGCGAUGACGUCCUCAUUGCUUCACAGGUUCAGAUUCGACGGUAUCGAGCAUCAAGAAGACGUUGCUGUUACCAGUGGAAUAUCACCUUUCAGCGGCACAGGAUUUCAACGAGAGAAGCACAAAAUCAUCGAGGAACUGGUGCCUGGUGAUUACCAAGUUUUUCCUUCCGAGGCUCUGACCUUGGUAGAACGCUGCACUUUACAUCGUAUGAUAUCGUCAACCAUUUGGGAGCAUCCUUCGGCUAGCGUCGAGAAAUUGUGUAGCACACCGAGUGAGAAAGUUUCCGGCAGAUCGAAGUCUGGCGUCGCUUCAAUAUGCCCCGUUGAGAGCGGUGUCAUUAUCACUCCGUACGGAACAAUUUCUCCUGGCGCAGUCAUCGCCUCGAUUGCUGCGUCCCUUCAGCCCCAGAAUGUAGCUGUGAAGUUGUUAAUUGCUGAACCACCGAUGUAUCGCCAAGAAUCAAUUACAACAGAGUUUACAUCGUUGAACUAUAACGAGAAAGAAGUUGAUCUCAUUGUUCCGAAAGGCAAAAUUGCACUUGGAAGAUCCAUGUGGUUUCAGUCUCUCAUGGAAUCUACCUCCAAAUUAGAUAACGUUUGGGUGUCGACGCUUGCAGGAGACAUUGGGGAAAUGGCAGUUUAUCAAGGGCCUGUUGUAUCGUCUGAUAUGACAAUGGGGGCGACAGGCUUUUGGAACAGUACGAUGCAACCGAGACUCUUUUACCUGACAGAUCAUAAUGGACAUUUAGACGCGACUCGGGCUGAGAUUGUCGGCGGAAUCGAUGGCUUGGUGAUAGGGAAAAAUUUACAAACUUGGAUCGACAGCUUCCACAGUCUUCGCCUAAGCCAAGUUCUGGAUAUGUAUUACAGCUACGAAGGGAUAGCUUUCGACAAAAACGCGAAGGCCUGUCAGCGAUUGUUAAAUUUCCAGCUAGUCGCACCGACGACAAUAAUAACUGAACAGACCCAUGCUCUAGCUCAGAUAUUGGCCUAUCGCAACAGUAUCGCUUAUAUGACACCGGAGGCUUUACUGAGGAUGGUAAAUUUUGCUGUCAACACAUUUUCAACCUAUGCCGACAACUAUCUAUUCGCUGAAUCGGAAUGCCAUAAUCCAGGAUCAAAGCCUCAACUAGAGAUUCUUGUUGCAUUUGAUGGUGCCUGGUCCCGAGAUUAUACAGCAGACUUUAUAUCAGUAAUGCUUGAAGACUUGGAUGUUUCGAUGUACGGGUCGAGGAUGGGAUUACUUCAUGGAAAGACAGGAGAAUGGCUAGUCAAUGUAACGCAUAGUCCAUCCACGAUAUAUUAUGCAUUGAAGAACUUUACUCAAAUAACAUGGCCUUCUACGCUGAACCUCACCAGAGUAUUCGAGGAAGUUGGUGCCUAUCAGAAUGAAACUUGGAGUAAUAAUAGCAAAAAGUAUGUUAUUGGUAAUCUCGGUCAAGUGGUCGUUCUCCUUGCGCCACGAACUGUGCCGAGUGAAGAAGAGCUCCAAUCCAGUAUACAAGCGCUGCGUCAGAUAAAGACCCAGCAUCCAGAUGUAAGAUUUGUUUACUACGGUUCAGAAUUUUACUCCGAUCCAUUGAAAAACCUUAUUUUGACCAGCGAGGAUUAUUUAAUUAAAAGUUUAAAAAUAGACGACUUGAGCAUGCAUCUCCGGAAUGUUCCAAGAGUGUUGAGACCCCCUUCAAAUUUCAAUCUGACGUAUGGAUCAAAGAAUCAAUUUGAAGAUUAUACAGGGCUUCAAGAGACUGUAACAUAUCAGCUACAUCCGCAAUGGAGAGGAAAUACUAAGAAAGUUGAAGUGACAUUUCACUCUGUCGGCUAUGGCGCCAUGAGAGUUUGUUCAUGGAACGAGUGGCCCACAGUCGGUACUCGCGAUGGAUUUUACUGCCAGGACUUGCGAGGUCACAACGAGAUCAGUAUGACCGAUUACUCUGAUUGUAGGACUGGAAAAGCAUGCCCCAAAACUUAUUAUCGAGUACAGAAUGUGACAACCAUGCAACAAUGUAGCGAGAUGGACUGCAAAACGCCAAAUCACGUCAGAUAUAUUGUACGCAUUGAAGACUUUAGAUACGUCAGUUGUGCACCUUCUAUUUUUUCAGGGUUUCAAUUUCUAGUUUUAUAUGUUACAUUUAUCGUUUUUUCCAAAAUUUUUAUUUAAAUGUAAACUUUAGUUAAGUUUGUCACGAUAGCAUGUUAUACCGUAAGGAGCAAUAAUAAUAAUAAUAAUAGAAGAAAAAAAAUUCAGAUCUGAUAAAUUACACUCACCGUGUAAUUUAAUUCUUUAUUUUAUAUAGGGAAAUUCAACGUGCACGAAACUCAAAUAAUUAUUAUUUCUCAUCCACUGGUUGCCCAGUAUAUAUAUAUAGCGUUCCGUGCAACAUGAAUCAUUGUGUACCCUCACUGUUUACAGUUACAUUGAUAUUUUUUUAGGUAAUAGUAAUACAGCUAAAACCCCAGUUAUAUUUUUUUAAAUCUUUUUAUGAAAUCACUUUCAACUUGAAAAUCUUUUAACCCUUUUCAAAUUUUCGAAUAAUUCUCCAAUGUUUCAUUUUGUUUUCCAAUUGUUUUAACAGUGUUCUCAUGAUAGAGAUUUUUUCCUACCUGCUUGAGCACUUUGAACAAUUUUGUAUGGACAAAAAUCAGUAUUUAAUGCUUUUAAAAUAUAAAGAAAAUUCUAAAUCAUUCUCCACUCUAUAAGAAGCAUGUUAACAUUACGUAGCAGUUGUUAUACAUUUUUUUUAAAUAUUUCCAAAAUUUGAAAGAGACAUAUGCUAAACUAGAUUCUAAUCGAGUUGAACACAUAUUGCCAAGUGUUUGGAAAUAACAAUUAAAUUGGUGGCAAGAUUCGAUGCGAUUUAACUGAAGUAAAAAAGACGAUUAUACUGAAUUUAUUUGAAAUCUUUGUAAGGUGUUAACGUCGUUGCUGAAUAACAUUUUUUUCAAAAAUUUGAUGAAAAGUAGCAAGAAAAAUUAAUUUCAUCUUCUAUGUAACUAACGUCUUUUUCAUGAAUAGAGAAGGUAACAAAUUUUUUUUUUGAAACUGCCAACACGUAAAACAUGAACUUUGUCAUUCUAAAAAUUUUUGCUAUACAACGACAAACUACCCAAACUUUUCAAGAUAUUAACAAGGUCAAUCAUCGAUUUCUAUUACAUCGAUUAUCGAACGUUGGUUCUAUGAAGAUUAAUUCGUGUGAGUCACUUUAUAAUUUCCUCGGAUAAAAAACACCUCGUUUGAGUUUAAAAAAUUUUUUUUAUUUUUUUCAUUUCAAAUUAGUUAUUCAUUCUUUACGAAAAG